GAGUGACGCAACAGGAGCCGGCAGAGAGAGCGAGAGAAAGAGAGCAGAUAGGUCGCCCUGGAAAUGUUCUGAACCCGGAAGCAAAACGAAGCGGCUCUUCCGGCCGACUCGUGCUGCCCAUGUGUUUGCCGGCCGAGUGCCGGAAUCUGCGCGGGGAUGAAGUUCGCUUACAAGGUUCGCUUACAGGGCGGGGGGCUUCGUCCUUUCUGGCCGGGGGUCUCGGAGCUUGGGCAGCCCUAGGUCUGGCAAGAGGAGCCCGUCGCUGCCCGUUUCUUGAGGGCCCAGCCUCUGGGCGGCCGCUUGAUCCCAGACCUUCCAAGCGUCCCUGUUUCCCAGGGGCGUCCCUGAUUUAGAUAAGGUUUCUGAUUUGACCUCGGACUGUCCCACUUUUCCUUAGGAUGUCCCUGUUUUCACUGGAGAAAUGUUGGAGAGUAUGUGAUCCCUGUCCUCCUUUUCCCUUCCUGUUGCUCCUUUUAAUCGUUAUCUUGCCAAAUUGCUCGAGUAGCGUGUCCAGCUUUAAUCCUCCUGGAAGCCAGGAAUUCUCCUGCCGACCUCCGCCACUGCCGACUAUCCGCAUUUGCUCAUAAUCUGGCAAAUGCACACAAAAUUUGCUAUCUUUAUGUGUUGCUUAACUAGCUGACUCUGGUACUUGGCAUGCUACAAAUCGUUGAAAUUGAACAUUAAUGUUGACUUCCAUUUGCACCGUCUUUUCUAUCCCCUAGCUGCCUUUUUUCCUUGCAAAACUCCCGUCUUUUCCUCCUACUUGACAGAUAGACGCAUCUGUGCACAUCCUCCCUGUGGUUGGGAGAAUGAGUUGGCUACAAGUCAAAUACUCUUCUUUCAUCCCAUCCGUUAUGCAGGUAGACAAUGCUGUGAUCUCCAGAUGAUGUUGGGCUGCAACUUUCGUGAUCCUUGACCAUUGACCAUGUUGUCAAGGGCUGAUGGGAGUCCAACAACAUCUGGAGGGCCCCACAUUGGCUGCUUCUGCACUAUAUCCUCUUAAUUUAUCCCCUCACUGGUUUGUACUAUUUGAAACUUCAUAGGUAUUUAUAUAAAACAAUUAAAAAAUUGUCCAGUAGCACCUUAGAGACCAACUACUGGUUAAGUCUGCAUUCACUUCGCUUCUCUCUCUUUUCAGUUCUCCAACUUGCUGGGUACAGUCUACCGACAUGGAAACCUGAAUUUCACUCCAGAUGGGAACUCUCUGAUUAGUCCUGUGGGAAACAGAAUUACCGUCUUUGACUUGAAAAAGUAUGCAUUUUCUUUCAUCGCCUUUAUAAAUGAGCUUUCUCAAAAAGUAAAUGACCACUAGAGGUAUUGAGCCUCUGCAUAUAACACAGACUGUUAAAAGGGCUACUUGGGUGUGUUUCUGGGUCUCUUCUGUUAUUCCACUAUAGUGAAAGAAUGUGCUCCAUUAUCAAAGUUAUAAAAUGGGCUAAUGAAUAGUACACUGCAUUCACACUGGGAAGGAUGUAGCUAUUUCCCACUCCCCUUCAUACAUGUGGGAUGACAUAAAGGAAAUCUGGCUUGAGAAACAUGGUAUUGUGUGCAGAAAUGUAUUUCUAUGUGCAAUUCACACUUCCUGGAUUGGGCAGAGGUGUAUAACAGAUUAGCAUUUUGCAUACAGUUCUGUCACUGUUUGGACGUUUUAUUGAUUCUUUCACCCUCUUCUCUUCCAGUAACAAGUCUGAAACAUUAUCACUGGCAACCCAGUACAAUGUUGCGUGCGUGGGACUCUCUCCAGAUGGAAAUCUUGCUAUAUUAGUUGAUGAAGGUAUUUUAGAUUUUUAAUAUAAUAAAAAAGAAUUCAGUCAGUAUCACGAAUUUUUAACAGAAAUAUAAGUUACGGUUAGAUUCAUUUUAAGUAUAACUAUCUUUUAUAAUGUUCUACAAUCAAGGCAAAAAAUGUUGUUUGCUUUUAUUAUAGUCCCUUGAAUAACAUGACACUUUUAUUUCAUUUAGAAAUUUGAGUUUGAAAUUGGGCUGAAUAUAAAUGAUGCUCAAUCUAUUUGUUCUUUUUCCAACAGAGGGAGCUGCCUUACUUGUCAGCUUGAUCAGUAAAUCUGUGAUUCAUCAGUUCCAUUUUCAGAAACCUGUACACAGUGUCUGUUUUUCCCCAAAUGGAAAGUAAGAGAUACUUCCUGGUUUUGUGUUUAUUUCUUUUUUUGUAUGUAUAAGUGAUAGUAGUACCAGUUGUUGUUGAAUUGAAUUUUGCUUAUCAUAGGAGUUGGGAACGUGACCUUUUUUACUGGAUCACCUUUAUACACCCCAAAUCAAUAUGCUUCUUGUACAAAAGUGUCUGGUGACAAAAUAAUUACAAAUAACUAUCUAGCUGUAAAUACAGACUUUCGCUUAUGUUUAUCUAUGUGUGUAGAUAUAUAAACCUUGGAAACCUGCACAAUUCUACUGCAUUAUCUGAAUACAUGUGCUUGGCGUCAUCUUGUUCAUUUUUAUUUCUCUGCUGAAUAAUUAUGUAUGUUAAGUUCAUUUUUCAUAUUAUGUUAAACAGGAAAUUUGUGGUCACAAAGGAGAACGUUGCUCUGAUGUACCAUGCCCCAGGAAAAAAGCGAGAAUUUAAUGCGUUUGUCCUUGACACAACUUACUAUGGUGCAUAUGACGAAACAACAUGCAUUGAUUGGACAGAUGAUUCUAAGUAAGUUUUAAUAUAUGCAGUUUACCAAGGCAACAUAGAAAAUGAGCAAAUACAUUGAAAGCCAAUGCGACUUGGGUUGAUUGUAUCUGCUGAUAAUUUUGAAAAUCUUGCAUUGCGAAAAGAAAAUAAAAUAAAAUCUUGCAUUGCUCUUUUUAGGAGAGUGUAUUUAGGCAGUGCCUCAUCUCAUAAAUUCCCUUAACAGUAAUGCUAAAAGUUCAGGUUAUUGUUUCAGGAUUCUCCAUUGUCCACAUUUUUCAUUCGUUAAUAGAGAUUUUGUUAACUCCUGAGUUAAUAAACAAUUUUUAUUAAAGUAAGCAUAGAGGGUUGGGUCCAGCAGAACCUGUCUGCAAAUGGAAAUAUUCUUUCUCUACACAGAAGGUGUUGCAGUCAAGCCCAAGCUUCCCUGAACAGAAAGAGGGACACACUUUUUUUUAAUCUGUUCCUCCUACAGCUCUCUGCUGCCACUUCUAACACUGUUCCAGAGGUUCCCCAACCCUCCAGAGUAGUUGGGGUGUAUAUGUGCAGAGAAGGACCAAUGAAAAUCACCUUCCCCACGCUUCUGUGAAUUAGACCUGGAAACAUCCCAUUUAUUGAACAGAAAUCCUCUCAUGGAUCUCUGAAUCCAACUUAAGAUUUGUAAUGCAAUCAUUUCCAUCAUUCCAUACAAUCAUUCCAUUCUUUAAAAAAGGGUUGUUGAAAUAUAUUAAAAAUGACUCCUUAAUUUUCUCCUCUUUCAAAUAAAUAUAAUGUAUUUCUCCAAAUUCACUGUCUAUAAAAGUUUACUUAAAUCAGUUUCUAAUAUCAUUAAGUGUCCACUGAUCUAUUUCAAUUGAUGUACACACUUUGGCCAAUAGCAGUAAGGGAUCGACCAAAUGCCUUUUCCCAGUUUAAACUGGAGAGACUAUCCACUCAGAUGGCGGGACCUGGGAACUGUGGUUUGGAAUCCCAUGAUUUCCUUCCAGUGGCAGUGAACCUUUGGAUCCAAAUCUGUCUCUUCGUUCCUUGCUAUCUUUCCAAAGGCCUCUCACUGUCAAUAGAAUUGAGCAGUAUAAACUGCUUGUUCGCAUAUCCACUAUGAUGUAGUUUUUGAGAUGUUCUAACUACGAUUCUUUUAUUCUAGAUGUUUUGCAGUAGGAAGCAAAGAUAUGUCAACGUGGGUGUUUGGAGCAGAGCGAUGGGCCAAUCUGAUUUAUUAUGCAUUGGGAGGUCAUAAGGAUGCAAUUGUUGCCUGUUUUUUUGAAGGAAACAGUCUAGAUGUAUGUACCUCUUAUAUAUAUAUUGCAUUGGUUUUUAUGAUUAGUGUACUUUGCUUUUGGAUAAUUAUAUGGCACAAGUCAAUGAAAGGCUGUGUAUAGUCUACUUUCCUCAAGGUGUUUAUAUACUGUAGGGGUCUUCUGCAGAUUGCUUAUCUGGGGGGCGGUGGCAGUUCUUUAAAAAGUGCCCAGAACUGGUGUCCUGGGUGCCCAGAAAUAAGCCAGCAAUCAGCACCUCAGAUAUAUUAUGUUCCCAUAUUUCUAAGUCCAGAAGGGCCUGUUAUGGAUUUUGGACAUUGGCAGUUAAUGAAUGUAUAUAUUUAGAAUGUAUGUAUACAGCGGAGCUCAAAAGUGUACAAUAAACGUAAGAUAACAAUAAAGUAGGAUCCCAACAAGGCUUUAUAUUUGGUCUAAAAAUUCAGUUUAUUAGACAUCUCACAUCCAAGAUUGCUUUCUCUCAAAUAAGUUCAAAUUGAAAGAUAAUGUCUUUGUAAUUAGGUACACAGGAAGCUGGCUCAUACUGAAUCUAACUAUUUAUCUAUCUAUCUAUCUAUCGGGCUCAGUCUUGUCUAUACUGACUGGUAGUGAGUUUCCAGGCUUUUAGGCAGGAGCUUUUCACAGCUCUAUCUGGAGACAUGAGGGAUUAAAUUGGGGAUCUGCAUGACUAUGUUGCAAGGGAGAUGCUUUUUCGCUGAACUGUGGUCAUUUUUUCCCUUGUAAGUCAAGUAGCUUACAAGAUUCCGUUUUACAGUUUCAUGAGAACAUUUUAUUCUUAGAGAAUUGCAGUCUUUUGAGCUAAGUAUCCUUUCGACUCUCAGUUGAGCAUAGUGACAUCAAAUGUUUGUUUAGCUCAUCUGCUUAAGGCUCAUUUCAGUUGUGCAAUGAUGUUAACCAUUAUGUUUUGGUGUUCCAGUUGUACACUGUCAGCAGAGAUGGGGCUUUGUGUGUCUGGCAGUGCGAUACAGAACUAGAUGGUUUGAAAGUUCGACCCCCAAAAGAUCAAACUGAAGAUAAGGCAGAAUUGGCAGAAGGCCUAGAUGAAGAGUUGAUGGAAGAACAGAAGGGCAAAGAGGUCCAUGGGAAAGCCAGCACACAUAAGAAAAAAGAGAAGGGAAAGAGAGUAAAAUACUCAUGUGCUGCCAAGUAAGUGAUCUUCCAGAGAGAAAAGGAGGAAUAUGUUGCAACCAGGAGCUUGGUCAUGUAGUCAAAGCCAGUGUAUAUGAAAACAAAACAGUUCCAUUAGACUGUCUCAUUGUCACACUAUGAAUGUGCUGCAGGCAUGACUCUUGAUUAGGAUUAUGGCAUUCUAACCUUCUAAAGUGUGAAGAUCUCCCACACCACAAUCUCCAAGCAUGUUCAACUGAAAGCACUUAGACUUUCCCUUGCGGGGGACCACACUGCCUUAACAAGCAUCCAGUUAAUAAGAAACAGGCUCAGACUUCCCCUGUCUGUGGCAGGAUCUGAAGUGGACAUGUUAGAGGUGGAACAGAAAAAUGCCAUACAGAGCAAUUCUAUCCCCUGAUUCACUGGUUAACCAGUGGGGGGCAAGCAUUGCUCUGCUGCCGCGUCCCCACUGUGCCUGACAGUUCGUGGGCAGGUGGAAGCCACUGCUGGUGGUAUCCAGUGUUAACCACAACAUUGUUUCUUCCUUUGACUUUUUUAUAGCAUUUUUUUUGUUUUUUUAAAAAAGUGGCGGGUUGGAUGUUGCUUGGAUUUUUAAUAGAUGGCUACCUUUCUUUACUUGUUUUUACUUCAUGUCCAAAAUGUCAUUGGUCUUUUGCUGGUGUAUUAUGAAAUUAAUUGAGUGGUAAAUAUGCCCUGCAUUAAACGCAUGUCAGUAGCAUAUUUCAAUUGUUUUCUCAGAUACUUUUUCAACAAAGAAGGUGAUUUUAACACCUUGACAGCUGCAGCUUACCACAAGAAAAUUCACCUACUAGUCACUGGCUUCGCGUCUGGAAUUUUUCACCUCCAUGAACUUCCAGAAUUCAAUCUCAUCCAUUCUUUAAGGUAAGUAUGGAUAUUGCUUAUUAUAGAGAAAUGUAGUUCUAGAGAAAGAACAAAUCUUUUUUUUUUUCUUUAAAAGCAAUUUCUGCUUUAUAAGCUUGGACAGAGUAAUACUGGUAUUAGUGUCCUUUCUUCAUCUACAGGUUCUUAUGACUUAAUAAUGCAUUAUUUUAUAUGUGUCUGAAAUUUUAGCAUGGGCACCCAAAUGCUUCGCUUUAAGCAGUUUCUUUCUUUCUUUUUGCUACUUAGCAUUUCGGACCAAAGGAUCGCAUCUAUUUCUAUCAACAGUACUGGUGACUGGAUUGCUUUUGGGUGUGCAGGUGCGUAACUGUAAGACACGCAGUUGAAUGAGGGCCUGUUUAUACAAUCAGUUAUGUUGAGAGAACCCUUUGACACACUUCAUCUGUGGAAAUUCCUUUAGAUAUAAAUUGGGGGCUGCUGGGAUGAGAAGCUUAAAUCUUCAGCUCUGCUGGUGUUAAGUCCCCAAUGCUGACUCUGUUGAAGACACCGUAGCAUAACUUGCUUAUCCUUGCUCAGUUGAGGUUCAGCCAGGUGAGGUGAAGCUGGUAAGCCAAGCUGGUGUAAGUUCCCAAAAAAGGUCAUGCUAGGGGCAGGACCAGAGCCCUCUCUCCGACUUAGGCUGGAUCCUGAGCCCAUUCAGUUUGGUUGCAUGCCCUGCCAUAGAAUACACCUUGAAAGGCUUGCUAUGCUCAGGCAGAGCAGCAGCCCCACUGUUUGACAGUGUUUGGAUCAGGUUUCACUUCAUGCUCUCUUAACCUACACCAGCUGGCUUUGCGUCAGCUUCUUGUGCAUAUGAUCGCUCCUUUAGAGACUUUGGAAAGUUAUCACAUCCAGGCAAAAUUAGGGAGGUUGGACCCAUUUCUUUAUCAAGCUGGGUUAUGAAAUCACGAACAAUAGCAGGUUGAGUCAGAAUCUCCUUGUUACUUGAAUACAUUGGUUUGGGCCCUAGCCUCUGGAGCAGGAGAAAACAAGCUUCCUCCAUCUUCCAUGUGGCAGCCUUUUAAAUAUUUGAAGGUGGCUAUCAUAUCUCCUCUUUUCCAGGCUAAACAUACCCAGCUCCCUCAACCAUUCCUCAUAAGGCUUGGUCAUGGCAAUGUGUGUUGCAUUGCCAGUUCAUGCAUCAUGUUGUCCUUGUGAAUAUGGGCAAGCACAAGCUUGUGUAAAAAAUAAGAAUCCAGUAGAACCCUGAGAGCGGUGAAAUGCGAAUCCAGUUUGGUCAGUCUUGAUUGGUGCAGUUCUUACACCCACCGUAUUUCUGAACUCAUUAACUGCAAUUUACAGACAUAGCUUUGUGUGUGUUGGUGUAUUCUAUGUAUUGGUGCUGCAGGAAAAUGUAUAGAUUGAAUAGUUGUAUUUGAGUCUGAACUACUUGUCAUUAUACUUACAGGUCUGGGGCAGCUUCUGGUUUGGGAAUGGCAGAGCGAGUCCUAUGUGCUAAAGCAGCAAGGCCAUUUCAACAGCAUGGUUUCUCUUGCAUAUUCUCCAGAUGGGCAGUACUUAGUCACUGGUGGAGAUGAUGGGAAAGUAAGUCUGCCGCAUGUUAUUGAACAUGGAGUUCGUAGUUCUCUAAAAUCUGCAAUUUCUGGACAUAUACUAUAAAGAUACUAAGAAAGGAGCUCUUAAAGUUCCUGGGAGCUAGGAACCUUAAUUUAUUUUGGAUAUGUUGUCAUUCCUGUUUGCUAUGGGUGAUGCUUGCAUUAUUUUUAUAGAAAAAAGACAUUAGUGUAUAUUUGGAGCAGAAGCAAAGCUGUGUAACAUGGAAGUUGACCACGUUCUUGGUUGGCUGUAGCGACUCGUAAUGUCUGGCCAGAUCAUGUUGUCAGUGAGGUUUCCAACUGACGGCAAAAUGAUAAAAUCAUGUCCUUGGGCUUCUUCAAGUGUGAUUUUGAAUGGCUUGCUUAACUUCCCUGGAGGUUUAGCUCUGCUAAGUGUGGUGUACUGGAAUGUGCUUUCAGUGACUUGAAUCUCAAUACUGUGUCAGUCCCAGAAAAGGAAUAUUUCUGAAGCUUACUGGAGCAUUUUCUGUUUUAUUUUCAGGUGAAGGUGUGGAACACCAGCAGUGGUUUCUGUUUUGUAACUUUUACAGAACAUACAAGCAGUAUAUCUGCCGUAACAUUUACCACUUCAGGAUAUGUCAUUCUGAGUGCUUCCCUAGAUGGGACAGUUCGGGCUUUUGAUCUGCACAGGUAAAUUAUUCUUUUACCCCCCCUAGCAAAAUUCUCUCUUCCCUGAGCUUGGAGUGGAAAACCAGAGAAUUUAGAGGGAAUAUUUCUAAUUAAUAUCUAGAAUGUUGUUUGGUUAGACGCGGUACACUCCUCUUGUGCCAUUGUGUCAUGUGAGCAUUUCAUAAUUUGAAAGUAUCCAAUAGAAAAAUUGUGCCCGGUUUCAGAAACAACCAAAGCCUAGCCUUCUCCAUUGAGAAGCCUAGGCUUUGGCUGUAUAAAUAUAUUUUUUUAAAGCUAAUCAGUUGUUCACUUGGGAUAUUUCAUCACUUUUUGUGAUAUCACUGAGGGACUUUGAACUAGAAUAGUAUACAGGCACCAAAGUUUUUCCUUAAAUCAUGUUUCUGCAUGUUUUAAACAGAUACCGCAAUUUCCGCACCUUCACUUCCCCACGACCAACACAAUUCUCUUGCUUGGCUGUGGACUCCAGUGGUGAGAUUGUUUCAGCUGGUUCUCAGGACUCCUUUGAAGUAUUUGUGUGGUCAGUGCAGAGUGGGCGACUCUUAGAUGUAAGAGGCAUUUUGUUUUGGUUGUCUCAACCCCUUUUGAAACUGCUUUUAAUUGAAGCUGACUCCAUCCUUAGAGCAGAGACCGUAUAUAUUUGCAGGAUUUAAAAGAAUCAUUGAACUUGAGUGAGUUGAGCAUGAUUAAAAAUAGGCACAUCUUUAAUUUAUCUUACUAGCUAAUGUUCAGUUUUUGCAUAUAAAUUCAGCUUCUAACAUCUAACCCUAUUGAUCGGCACAGCUUGGCCCACUUGGUGACCUGUGUCUUCAUAGCUUCAACAGAAUCCUUUGUAGAGCAAGUGGAGAGGUCUGCCUAUCAUUUUCACUCCCAUUAUGAUCAUUCAUUAUAAGGAUGUAUCCCAUGUAUGUUAGCUGUUCUGUGUGUGCUGCCGUGCUGAAUCUGGCAAUGAUAUCUGCUGCCUAAUAGUCAUGUCUCGCAAUGCUGAUCCACAGCUGUGAUGGCGAUACAGUGAUUGUUCUAGUGUUGCUGUAUUGAAAGUCCUAGUGCUUGUGAUCCUGGAUCCUUGCUCUGAUUUGGUGGCGCAUUAGAAGGAUCUGGUCAUGUGCUUUGCCGAUUUUAAAUGUGGCCCAAAAGUCAUAUACUAUAGUAACUGUAAAUGUUGGGAAUUGCAACCCGGUAAUGAAAUCUCUAAUGUGCAACUUUUGCAUUUUGUAUGCAUAUAGUUUCAUCUGUGGAUUAUUGUUUUCCCUGUAUAAGAUCCUGUGUAAACCAACAUGUAUAAAAGAAAUCAAAUUGGCUUUUCUCCAUUAGGUCUUAGCUGGUCAUGAAGGCCCCAUCAGUAGCCUGUGUUUUAAUCCCGUCAAGUGUGUCCUAGCAAGUGCCUCUUGGGAUAAGACAGUCAGGUUGUGGGAUAUGCUGGAUAGCUGGAGGACCAAGGAAGCACUGGCACUGAACUCGGAUGGUGAGUCCCUUGGAAAUCUCUUGUGCAAAUGCAGGCAGCUAUGUUCUCCGUGUGAUGUUGGGUGGCUGGUUAAAGCUUCAAUUGGUCCUAGGUUCUGGGAAGAAAGCUUGCAUAUAAUGCAGCUUUUUCCUCACAACUGGAACUUAAUUCGUCAGGUAGUACAUCUGUGUUUACUUGUAUUUACUUGAAGCAAUUCUGUCUCUCCCUUCUUUGUUGCCCAGUCCCAGGGUGGGUUGCAAAGCAUGCAGCGCACCAUAAACUGCAAUAAAUACUAUAAUAACAAGCUGAAGGAUCAGAUGAGAAACAGUCAAUGAACAAGCAUUAUAAGAUUCAUAUUAAAAUGAGUAAAUGCAGUCAUUGAAUCUCCAUUGCAUAAAAGCUUGGCAAUACACAUACAUUUGCAUUAAAAACCAACCAACCCAGUACAGCAGGUGUCAGCAGUACCUGCUGUAAAAUGUAAACUGCAAAAGGUUCAGAAAUGAAAAAAAUGAAAAUGAAAAAAAUGCCAGGAUAAAUGGUUAUGUUUCAGCACGACUUUAUACAGCACAGCAUUAUAUAUAGUCUUUGUGACGAUGGAUAUGUUAUGUGUUGAGCGUGUGUGUUCAUGUGUGAUUUCUGGAAAUUCUGAAUCUGGUUUCAUUGAGUUUAUCUGUGUGUGUGUUUUUAACAACUGAGGGCAAUGUGGCUGAAAUGUACAUACAGGAAGGCGUGACUUUGGUUUUGCUCCCUUACCUUCUCCAGUGCUCGCUGUUGCUUUUCGUCCGGAUGGCAAUGAACUUGCAGUUGCUUCCUUGGAUGGACAGAUCACUUUCUGGGACCAUGAAAAUGCUGUGCAGACUGGAUCAAUUGUGGGGCGACAUGACCUUCAGAUGGGCAGAAAAGAGCUGGACAAAAUAACCGCCAAACAAUCCGCUAAGGGGAAGUAGGUAGCCUUUUUUAAAAAAAUAUUAUUAUUUUUUGUUUACAGAAGUACAUGCCUUGUCUCUUUUUUCAGGUUGUAAAGUCUUUUCUACAGUAUGAGACAUUAGUGUUGAGUACAGUAUAAGGUCAGGGAUGGAGAGGAGGGGUGGUGGUGAAACUUACAUUCUUUUUUAUCACAUAUGUGUGGGGUUUUGUGUCAGUGUCAACUGGAUAGGUUCUCUUUGUAUUUGCUUGUUACAUAAGUAGGUUGACUAUUUGAUCACAGGGUUGGGAGGGAUCUCCAGUGUCAUCUAACCCAUUUGUGACCGUAUUCUAGGAAGGAUUAGCUCUCUUCCUUUGAAUUAGGGAAACUUAAUAUAGUUGUUGGAAUUAACUACCUGUGUAUCUGGUGAACUUGAGUUUUAUUAGACUAGUUUUAAUAGAGAAGUAGGAAGCUUGUGCAUUGCUUGCUGCCUUUGAAAGCUCUCUUGCGCAUCCUAUUGACUUUUUGUAAAUUAAAUGUGUCUCCUUACUGCAGAUAAAGGUGUGCAUAUGUGAUUGUAUUAGUAUCUGGUUUUGAUAACUUCUUAAGAUGUGGUCAUCUGACUUAAUGCUCCCAUCAGCUAUGAGCUUGUAGUCAGACUUGUAGUCAGAGUCUUAGGUUUUACUUGUUGCUGUGUGAAAGGUAACCUUGCAAUUUGUUAGAGCUCAUUCAGCACCCCUCUUACCAUGUUAGCAGGCAAAGACAGUAAGAUAAUGGCAGGCAUAUGUUUUGAAGGACUGUAUUCAGAUAACUUAUUCAGAUAAUUUUUGCAAAGAAAGAACUUAUUGCAGGUAGGUUUUUAAACAGUGAUGGAUAUGUCAGGCGAUAUGAGUAUUUUCUCUUUUUUUUAAUCUCCCACUAAUAAAAUAGAAGGCUCUACUAUAAUUAAUAACCCCAUGGUAUUCAGGCUGUCACAACAUUGUUUAUUUCAAUCCUGACCUUCUAUUAUGUGUUGAGUCUCUUUAGUUCAUAAAAAAAUGAUUUUAAGAUGGCGAUGGUUGGAAUGGUUGGGUAGAGAAAUGAGGACCUAAUUUCUUAGCACAACAGACAUCUAUCUGCAGCAUAACCAGAAUAUCUCUCUUGGUGGAAGGGACUGACUUAUAACAUAAAUCUAACAUGUCUUUGUUUUCCUCCCCAGAUCUUUUACUACUCUGUGUUACUCAGCUGAUGGGCAGUGUAUUCUAGCAGGAGGGCAGUCAAAGUUUGUUUGCAUUUAUCAUGUCAAGGAACAGAUGCUCAUUAAGAAAUUUGAAAUAUCUUGCAACUUGUCUUUGGAUGCAAUGGAGGUUAGUAAUUGAUUCCCCCCCCCUUAUUUGUUGUAUAUGUUUGGGUAUGAUCUAUAUGACACUAUUAAACUGAAGUAUGUAUGUGCUUCUGCUUCCCUGUGGCAACCUGAGUUGUAAUUCGUCAAUGAAUCCAGUCUUUGCACCAAGUGAUCCAAAUCUGUGCUCCAAAGUAUUUUGUUAUGACAUUCCAAUCUAUUUCUGGUAUGAACCAAUGUUGUCUUUCUAGUGCGUGACUUUUAUCCAGAAAGCAUGGGCACAUCUUCGAUUUGGAGGGAUAGAGAUUGAGCAAAUGCUGUAGCCCUUUAAAUAUUCUGAAACAUUAUAGAAAUUCCAAAUAGUUUACCUAAAUUCAUGUGCCUUCUACCUGAAGAAUAUAAGCUUUGCAAUGUUGUUGUUGUUUUUCAAUUUUACAGGAGUACUUGGAUCGCAGGAAGAUGACUGAAUUUGGUAGCAUGGCAUUAAUAGAUGAAGGAACUGGGGAUGAUGAUAAUGUUGCAAUCCCUCUUCCGGGAGUUAAAAGAGGUAUCUGUUUCCAUUUCACAAUUUUCAGCUUAUCUGCUGUUUCAUGUGUGCCAGGUACUCUGUGAGCUAGCGUCGGGGAGGAAUGGAAAGGGUGAGAACAUGCAAAGCAAGCCUUUUGUUUAUGCUUUCUCACUUUUACUUCCUAAAACGGUGAUCAAACCUUUUUUUUAAGCUGGGAGUCCAGCUAAUAGCACUUUGUCUUCUUUUGACAUCUCCUGAAGAGUGAAACCCAUUGUGUGAGAAUGGGCGCUUGGAAUUUAAGAUUUCAAAAUGCUGAGGUCGAUGCAGCCAUCAGUUUCACAUUCUGUGAUGGUUCUAGGGCAGUGAUUCAGUACCUCCAGCACUGUGGUCGCCACCAGCAUUUUCACAUCCAUCCCUGUUUUGUGAAGUUGUCCCUGUUGCCUCUUUCCUGUGUUCUCUUGCAGUUUACCUGUCUUAAUCUGUUUCCGCUCCCAUCAGCCCCAUCCAACGCUGCAAUCAGAAGGAUAGGCAGAUUCCUAGACAUUACUGCAACAAUCUGUUCAGUGACAGUGAUGAUAGGGAAGGAAAUGGGUUGUAUCCAACACUGCGCAAGCAGAGUUCCACUUGUGCAACAGGACUUUCAUUGCCUCUCUUUUUCUGCUCCAAGGGUUCCCCAGCCCUCCAAAAACUUGAGUGUGUCGGCGGGACUGGUGGGGUACGUGAGAGGAAGUUCCAUUGCAUGCAGGGAGGUACAGUGGUACCUCGGGUUACAUACGCUUCAGGUUACAUACGCUUCAGGUUACAGACUCCGCUAACCCAGAAAUAGUGCUUCAGGUUAAGAACUUUGCUUCAGUAUGAGAACAGAAAUUGUGCUCCAGCGGCACGGCAGCAGCAGGAGGCCCCAUUAGCUAAAGUGGUGCUUCAGGUUAAGAACAGCUUCAGGUUAAGUACGGAUCUUCAGAACGAAUUAAGUACUUAACCCGAGGUACCACUAUAUGUUGUGUGAAGCUUUCAGUGUUGGAUAGAGCCGAAAAUGUAGUUUUCACUAUGUUGUUUAAACGUUUUACUCUGGCAAACAGUUUUAAACCUUUAUAGAAAUAUUGUACUGAUGGCUAACUAAAUGGAAUUAACAUGGAUUCUCAUGGUUGAUACAUGCAAAGUUAAUUAAAUUUGUCUUUUCCUUUGUUUCAGGUGACAUGAGUUCUCGCUCCUUUAAACCAGAAAUAAGAGUGACCUGCCUCCGCUUCUCUCCUACCGGUGGGUGCUUUUAGAAGGGAGCUGGGAGUGGUGUGCUGCUGCUUUUAGGAUCAGGUUGUGGUGGUUUAAAAGAAAUGGAAGGGGCUGUCUUUUUAAAAAUUGCUAUUAAUAUUUUUUUUUUGUUUGCGAAUUUAAUGAGAAGAACAAGGAAAAAGAGGAAAUAAAAGAAGAGAAAGAGGGAUAAUGAUAACUGGCAUAUACAAAUAAUACUAAAGAUAGACCACCAUUAGUAAGUAAUUAAACAUACGUUAAGAAGCCUUCCAAAUGUCCAAAUAGGUAUCCACACAAAAUUGAUGCCCAUAUGAAACAUGUGGGGAUCCCUGUGUGCUUGUGCUCCCUCAAAAUCAUGCGCCCCUGGCCCUCCCCAUGCUAUGCCUCUGCCUUGAGUGUUUUCCCUAACACUCCUCACAUGCUGUUUUGUGCCUCCAUCUCUUGCCAUCAGCAUUGAGAGGCAACCAGUCAGACCUCUGCCUUUCAUUUGCAGCAGGAAGGAGUAGUGAAGGAAACUUCAAGAAACAAGGAUCUGCAGUGACAGGGGCAGGGUAGAGUCACACGACACAUUUAAAGCACAGGGCUUCCCCCAAAGUGUCGUGGAAGCUGUAGUUUGUUAAAGGAACUGGGAAUUGAAUUAAACUACAGUUCCCACCAUUACUUGCUUUGGAAUGAGAUGGCUGUCUUAGUUCACCCCUAGAACAGCAUAACUAAUCAUAAUUACUAGAUAUUUGUCACUUAUUUGAACUUUGAUUUGACUAGUGGAAAAUACAUGUUUUAUGCCAGCCAGUACAGUUAAAGAAUAAAGUUGUUUGUACACGUAGGUUUAUUCUUCAAGAUCAUGGUUUAUAAAAGCUGUCUUUAAUAUAAUUUUCCAAUAUUCCUCCUUCCAGACAUGAACAAUUUUAACUAGCACAAGCAAUAUUUCUCUUGUAGGACGAAGCUGGGCAGCAACAACCACAGAAGGUCUUCUUAUCUAUUCUUUGGACUCUAGUCUGGUCUUUGAUCCAUAUGACCUAGAAAUUGACAUCACCCCUAGCAGUAUUCGUAAAGUACUGGUUCAGAAGGAGUACACCAAGGCGAUUGUCAUGUCUUUUCGAUUGAAUGAGAAGAAACUGAUUCAGGAGGUCCUAGAAACUGUUCCAUACAAUGAAAGUAAGCUGGAAUUCUGUUGCCAGUCUAAUGUGGUGGUUGCAGAAAGCUAGAUUUCCUGAAGUUCUAAGACGUCUCCAAUACUUGGUUUGCCUAUAUAUUAGGGAGAAGGGAAAGUAUACGAAGUCCCAAAUGAUCUCAGGUGCUUGACAUAUGUGCAAGAAUGCAAGUAGUGACCAUUACAGGAACAGAAAGAGGGGGAGAGAAUAUAUAUAUAUAUAUAUAUAUAUAUAUAGUGUGGGUGGGUGGGUGUGUGCGCGUGCAGUAGCACCUUAGAGACCAACUAAGUUUGUUCUUAGUCUCGUAGGGUGCUACUGGACAAUUUUUUUAUUUAUAUAUAUAUAUUUCGAUUGCGUCAGAUCAACACGGCUACCUACCUGAAUCUAGAAAGAGGGGGAAAUAGGGAAAGAAUAGCAUUGUGCAGUAUGGCAGCUUAUUGAUUUGGAUUUCCUUUGCCUGGAGAUAUCUUUUUUUAAUUAAAAAAAAACUUGGAACUGGAAAGCUUAGUGAUGAAUCAUAUAGAAUAUACUGGGUUUUUUUAGCUUAAGAUUUUGCACAUGUGAUUUAAACUAAUAACUUAUUAUUUUUUAAACCACAGUUGAAGUAAUCUCCUCAAUGCUUCCAGAAGUGUAUAUAGAAAAAAUGCUAGAAUUUUUAGCCUCUUCCUUUGAGACAUCUCGUCAUUUGGAAUUCUAUCUAAGCUGGACUCAGAAGUUGCUUAUGUUACAUGGAUGCAAGUUAAAAACAAGGUUAGUGACCUUGGGGAUAAGGGUGUGGGAAGAGGGAGAAUAAGACAUACUGGUAUCCUGCCCUUAUCUAAGAAAUUUAGAAUGGUUUCCCAUCAGAAAUGGUUGGGCCCAGAUCUGCUUAGCUUUAGAAAAUGAAAUAUCAUUCUUUAGACUGUGAAUUUGAAUUAGCAAAAUUGGUGUUUGUACCAAUUUUAUCCCUUUAAGGUGAUUGGACUGAAAAUUACAUUCCUAAUUGCCAGGUAGCUGCCACAGUGGACAGAACCUUAAAUUGUAGCAAUAUUGUGUAUGUGUGUGUGAGAGAGAGAUAAUUUACCACUUCUGCAAGUAGUAGUUGUUUCAUUGCAAGUCACCAUUCACAGCUGUCUCAGUUCUUUGAAUUUAGCCCUUUUUAUUCUUAAAAUGUACAGAAUGAUUUUUACAAACCAAGAGUUAAGUUUUUUGUGUGCUUUUGCAGGUCAGAGAAACUGCUGCCCACCAUUCAAUUCCUUCAGAAGAGCAUUCAGCGUCACUUUGAAGACGUUUCCAAACUGUACGUAUUUUGUUCAGUUGCAUUCUCUUUCAAAUAAUUUCUCUUCCCAGUAGAAAGAGAUGACUCUGACUAGACUAUUGAGCAUUCCUUAAUGAAAAUUCCCUUUCCCCUUCCUUCCACCUAACAUCCCACAUUGUAUUGGGGAUAAUUUUACCUGGGAUCUUCUAGCUUUGUGUGAUUUUGUUCUGUCAAGUUCCUUGCCAUUCACUCACUGACCUCUUCCUGUUGCCUUAAGGACCCCUCCCAUUCCCAACACCGAAUUCCUUCAGGGGCGGGGUAGGUAGUUGGGGGCUGCAUACUACUGGUUAGUAGGGACAGAUGUGUACUCCAUCCUUGAAUGCACACAUGCAUUCCCCAUUCACACACGCACAAUCACACAGUACAUACCAGACUCAUAAUCUCAUACCCUUAACAAACAGCCCCCAAUAGCUAACCUGCUCCAAUUAGUUCAGGAAGAGGUCUUCUUUCCCAUUGUCUUAAUUCCACCCUUCUGGUGUGUCUUUGUGGAGAUGAAAAUGGGGCUUCCUCACUGGGCUGCACUGAUCAGCAGAAGAGCAUGGAGAAAGCUGGGGUGGGGAAAGGGCUUGGGGAAAGUCUGGCAGGCUAGAGAGUCACCAUGUAUGUUAGAUCUGUUUGUUAUUUCAGCCUUAGAGCAUCUUGCAACAUGGAGUUUACUUGCAGAAGCAGCUAGUAAGAAAGAUCGUGGUUAAUUAGUUGCGUGUGCCAAUGAAGCAUCCUCAAUUAAAAUCCACAGACAUAACUUUCAUAUUGCCUCAAACAUAAUACUUUUCAUUGGAGCCAUUCUCAGGUUUGCCUUGAGAAAUUAAGCUAUGAGUGUGGCAUGUGUGAACCAAUGCAAGUAGUAUGUUGCUGAUAGUGGUCUGAAUAUUGGCUACUUUUUAUAAACAUAGGAAAGCUCUUGCAUGCACUGCUUUGAAUCUACCUAAUUUACCCCCCCAAUGGUCUUUGUCUCUACAGUUGUGACUGGAACUGUUAUAACAUGAAAUAUAUUAUGGCCAUUUCACAACAGAGGGGUGUGAAACGUACAGCAGAAGUGUCUGAAAAUGAAGAUUUGGAAGACUCCAAUAAUGACUCUGUCAUGGAAGAAUUGCCUGCACUUCCAUGAACUUUUGAGAAUGCUUUUUCAUACAUGUAAUUUAAACAGUGGUAUUCACUGAGAACUGAGCAGCCCUCAUAGAGGCAUAUUUUGUACAGGUGAUGCAGCAACAUGAUUGGGAGUAAGCAGGCUAUUCCUUUUCGUCCUCUGUUUCUAAACUAGCAUGUAAAUUCUUGAUACUGCUAAAUCUUAAGCUAGACAAUGUCAUCAGACAUUUUAGAUGCCUGGGAGGAGGAGCAGGAUCCAUCUGCCACCAGCUGACUUCUGUUUCUGCACAGGAACUUUUAAGCUCCCUCCUUCCAUUGACAGCCCUUUCUGGAUUGGGAAGUCAUUCAGAGUGGCACCCUGCAAGAAUACCUGGGGUGCCACUGGAAUAAAACAUAGACUUCUGGCAUGCAUGGAAGUAUUGGAAUGUGAGUGGGGGUGGAUCCCAGCCAUGGCUUUUUUCCUGGCUUGAGGGUAAACGUGUAAAAGUGCUGCAGUCAUAUUGCAAAUGGUCCAGUGACCUUUAGCACAAUUUCAUUGAUAUAAAAUUCAACUAUUAGUUGUUUAUGGGGGAAAGACAAAUACUAGGACUACUGGGAUCUGAGAUCAACUGAAUGAAUAUCUAGGCAAAUAUUUCUUGCGAAGCAGCUCAUUGUAUGUCCCAAAUAACUCUGGUCGACAAUUUCUAGAAACCAACCAUGAACAAGUGAUUCCAGCUAUUCAUAAUCCAUGAUGUAUUCGCAGAUACCAACAUGAGAAUAUGGUCGAGUAAUAAAGGCAUGUUCAUAGCUUCACAGGUUGUCUGGAGUGCAUUAAGGCAUGCAGUUACUUUUAUGAAGUACAGUGGUACCUCAGGUUACAUACGCUUCAGGGUACAGACUCCGCUAACCCAGAAAUACUACCUCGGGUUAAGAACUUUGCUUCAGGAUGAGAACAGAAAUCGUGCUCUGGCAGCGCGACAGCAGCAGGAGGCCCCAUUAGCUAAAGUGGUACUUCAGGUUAAGAACAGUUUUAGGUUAAGAAUGGACCUCCGGAACAAAUUAAGUACUUAACCUGAGGUACCACUGUACUAGAAAAUUACCCUGACUCCAAUGUGGGAAAGUGUUGUGUGUAAUAAUGUGGUCUCCUACGUUAAACAACAGCAAAUGCUCAGCUGUUGUAGCCUGAAUGUGAAUCGUGUCUCACAGGAUAAAGUAAACAAUGUUAUUUCCAAA